AUGGGGUUUUUUGGGCAGAUGGAGGGAGAUGAUGGAGGAGUGAGAAAGAAAGGAUGGUUUUAUACUAAAGAUGAUUUCUUGCCUGAGGAGUCCUUUAAGAGUUGGGGUAAUUAUGCUAAGGCAUUGAGUGAGACUGGGAUGAGAUUGAAGGACAGAAUUCUUGCUAGGUCUUUUGAUGAAAUUGAGCUAAAUGAGGUGAAGGCUAGAAGUCAGCAUGAGAUGAAAAAGAGCCUCACUUGGUGGGAUCUGAUAUGGUUUGGUAUAGGUGCCAUUAUUGGUACUGGUAUCUUUGUUUUAACAGGUAAAGAAGCCAAAGAUGAUGCUGGUCCUGCUGUUAUUAUCUCCUAUGUUGUCUCUGGCAUCUCAGCUAUGCUCUCUGUGUUUUGUUAUACUGAAUUCGCAGUCGAAAUCCCAGCCGCAGGUGGAUCUUUUGCAUACUUGAGAGUAGAGAUGGGUGAUUUCAUGGCCUUUAUUGCAGCUGGAAACAUCAUCUUUGAAUACUUGGUAUCUGGAGCAGCUGUUGCUCGCUCAUGGAGUUCUUACCUCGCAACACUUUUUGAUCACAACCCCAAUGACUUCCGGAUCAUAGCCCACAAUCUCCCUGAUGACUACAACCAACUAGACCCAAUUGCUGUGGGCAUCAUCAUCGCUGUUUGCAUUGCAGCCAUUCUCAGCACCAAAACCUCUUCUCGCUUCAAUUAUGUUGCCUCUAUAAUACACAUUAUGAUCAUAAUCUUCAUCAUUAUAGCAGGGCUCAGUAAGGCCAACAUCAAGAACUACUCCUACAAUGGAUUUGCUCCUUAUGGUGCUCGCGGCAUCUUCAAGGGUUCGGCGGUGCUCUUCUUUGCGUAUGUUGGGUUCGACGCGGUAUCAACACUUGCAGAGGAAACAAAGAACCCCGGUCGCGAUAUUCCUAUCGGUCUUGUAGGAUCGAUGACUAUAAUCACAUUUGCUUACUGCUUAAUGGCAGCUACACUUUGCCUAAUGCAACCUUAUGAUCAGAUUGACCCUGAUGCACCAUUCUCUAUAGCCUUUAAGUCUGCCGGAAUGGGAUGGGCUAAGUAUAUUGUUGCCCUUGGAGCCUUGAAGGGCAUGACUAGUGUCCUACUAGUUAGUGCCAUGGGGCAAGCAAGGUAUGUUACCCACAUUGCUAGGACACAUAUGGUUCCUCCUUGUUUGGCCUAUGUUCAUCCCAAGUAUGGCACCCCAGUUGGUGCCACAAUCGCUAUGUUAGUAGGUACUUCUGUGAUUGCUUUCUUCACUGACCUUAAUAUCCUUUCCAAUUUGCUCUCUAUCUCUACACUUUUCAUCUUCAUGCUUGUGGCUGUGGCCCUCCUUAUUCGGAGAUAUUAUUCAAGUGGUGUUACCUCACAAAGGCACCAAACCUUGCUCAUUGGAUUCCUUGUGGUGUUGAUUGUUUCAUCUAUUGGAACUGCAACAUUAUGGGCAAUGGGAGUAACUUGGUGGUUACCAUUUGUAGCUACAUUACUUGUAUGGUUCCUUUCGACGGUCGGACUUAGGGUUUUUGUGCCGGAGGCGAGGAAUCCAAAGGUUUGGGGGGUUCCCUUAGUGCCAUGGUUGCCGUCGUUGUCGAUUUUUAUCAAUAUUUUCCUUCUAGGAUCAAUUGAUUGGCAGUCAUACAUGAGAUUUGGGAUUUGGACAGGGGGGCUAUUGGUGUACUAUUUCUUCUUUGGCCUUCAUGCUUCAUAUGAUACUGCAAAGGAGGCUAGUGAGAAAAGAGAGGAGGUGGCAAAGCAAGGGCAGAUGGAAGGAGGUGCAAAUUAAUGUAGAUGUGUGAAUAUUGGAAUAACUUCUAGUUAUACUUGGUAGGUUUGAUUAAUUAAGUUUGUGGAAAAAGUGUGAUUUGUUUUGAUUGUUCAGAUUGAAAUGAAUUAUGUUAUAUAUUUUAGAAUUUUAGAAUGUGAA